CGCGCACCGGGCACCACUGCGUGCCAAUUUCCCCUCCGUGGGCCCUUUCGACGAUACAGUAUAAAUCGACCAGGCCUCCCGUCGCAUUCUCGGAUCUACAGACAUCUGUCACCAUGCAUGCGUCACUGGCAAAGCUGACUGCGACGGGAACCCUAGUCGGAGUGGUGGUCUCGUAUGUCGCUCGGCAGGGGGAGAUCGAACAGCACCUGGUUCGCCUGCUCGGCCUAUUCGGCGGAUCCAAUCUUAUCCUUGUCGCGUAUGCCGUGAUUUCAGGGACUGGCUGUGUUUCCCAUGCGCUGGCGCAGGUCCUGCUGAUUAAUGUCGCCUUCUUUACGGGCUUGUUCGGCAACAUCGUCCUUUACAGACUGUUCUUCCACCGGCUGCGCCAUGUGCCCGGUCCCCUCGGACCCCGGAUAUCGCGCCUGUACACGGCGUUCUCGCAGUUGACCCACACCCAGAUGCACUACACCGUCCAGGAGAUGCACCAGCAGUACGGGGAUGUGGUCCGAACAGGACCGCGCGAGAUCUCCAUCUGUCGCCCCUCGGCCAUCAAGGCCAUCUACGGACCCCCGACCCGGUGUACGAAAUCGCCCUGGUACGACCAAAUGACCUAUGACACCGCGAGGAAAGGCUUCAUCGCGAUUCGUGAUAUCAAGGCGCACGGCCAGCGCCGUCGGGUGUGGGACCAGGGCAUUCGCACCCAAGCUAUCAAACAAUACCAAGAACGCAUUGCCGCCAAAUCCCGGCUGUUCGUCAGAAAGAUCGGGGAGCAAAAGGGGCAGCCAGUCAACUUCACCAAGGAGGUGAUCCGGUUCGCUUUCGAUGUGAUGGGCGACAUUGUCCUGGGCACCGAGUUCGGCAUGCUGGAGACGGGCCGGAUUCCCGACGCCCUGCAGCAGAUGCACAAGAGCACAAAAGCCCUCGCCGUCGGGGGUUCGAUCCCGUGGAUGCCAGCCCUGAUGCUGCAGAUCCCCGGCAUGAGCAAGAUUGCUAACCCGUUUCGACACUACUGUCAUGAGCAGCUAGCCGCGGUCCAAGAGGUAUGUCCUGCGGUGCGGGGACCAUGGUGCCAUGGAUCUCGCUCUAAUGUUUCUCAGGCCCAGACGCAGAGUGAGGAGCCCACAGACAUGAUCUCGUGGGUGAUCCGAGCCCAAAACAACGGCGAUCCCGGGGCGCCUUCCCCCGACGGCCUGAAAGAUGAUGCGUGGGUGCUGAUCAUUGCCGGGAGUGAUACAACCUCGACCGUGCUCACCAACACCUUGUUCUACCUGGCGACCCACCCGGACGUACAGACCAACCUGCAAAGCCGCCUCGACGAGGUCUUCCCGGCCGGAAUGGGGAGCUGGUCGUAUGAGCCGGCUCGGGAUAUGGACUACUUGACGUGGAUCAUCAACGAGACACUCCGGCUGAAGCCAGCGGUUCCGGGGGGCCUGUCCCGCGUCACACCGCCGGAAGGGUUGCAGAUCGACGAGCUACGGAUUCCCGGGGAUGUUGUCGUGUCCGUCCCCACGUUCACCAUCCAUCGCGACGGGCGGUUUUGGGAGAAGGGUGACCGGUUCGUGCCGGACCGGUGGGAGAAGAUCGAUACGAACCAGGCGCCGUAUUUGCCAUUCUCUCGAGGUGUGUUGAGCCAACCGUCUUUGGGAUGCCGCAGACGCUAACAAGGAUAUUCAGGGGCGUUCGAUUGCCUGGGGAAAAGUAUUGCGUGGAUCGAGCUGCGCACGGCGUUGUCGAUGCUGAUGCUGGCGUACGAGGUGAGGCUGGCGGAUGACAGCCAGCGGGCAUUUGAUGGGAAGGAGCAGGACAGUUUCGUGAUGGUGUUGCCGGAUCUGUGGGUCCGAUUUAUGCCUCGGCCGGGGGUCCAGGAACUAGCGGCAUGUGGAG